UCCAGGGGAAAGGGAUAAUGGGGAAGGAAGGGUGGGCGAGGCAGGACAAUCAAGGCGUGCACUGGCAUGGUCCUAUAGAAUGAGCCACAACCUGAUAGCAGCCAUAAUUCCAGAAGUGUGCAAGGCCAUUUACUCUGUGCUGAAGGACUCGUAUCUCAAGCUUCCAACAACAUCAGAGGAAUGGCAAGAUGUAGCUUCUGGAUUCCAUAACUUAUGGAAUUUUCCCUUGUGUCUAGGAGCCAUGGAUGGCAAACGGGUACUCGUAAGGAAACCUGCAAAUUCUGGCUCAGAGUACUAUGACUACAAGACGAACCACAGCAUCAUAAUGCUAGCCUUAGUGGAUGCCAAUUACAAGUUUUUAUAUGUAGAUGUUGGAGCAAAGGGCCGUGCAAGUGAUGCUGGUGUAUGGGAUAAAUGUACACUCCGUGAAUGCAUAGAGAGACAGCAGUUGCAAAUCCCUCCAUCUGAAAAUUUGCCCUUCACAAAUAUAAAGGCUCCAUAUGUUAUAGUAGGUGAUGAUGCCUUUCCACUCAAGACCUAUUUAAUGAAGCCAUAUCCUGGAAGAAACAUCACCAAAGAACAAACAAUUUUUAAUUACAGAUUGUCACGAGCCAGAAGAGUCUCUGAAAAUGCAUUUGGCAUUCUUGCCUCAAAGUUUAGAGUACUUAUGCAGCCAAUUGCAUCUAAACCAAAUAAUAUAAAAGACAUCAUUUUUGCAACAGUUGUGCUUCAGGGCGAAUGGCAGGAGUUGCCAAAUAUGAUGGAAAACUUUCAAGCAAUUGCACGAGGCCACUCAAAUGAUGCUAAAAUUGUAAGGGAUACUUUCCGAGAAUUUUUCCUUACCAGAGGUGCUGUACCUUGGCAAGAGAGAAUGGCACAUCUUCAUUAAUGUUGAAAUGUAAAGUGCAUGUUAUAAGGUUAAGUUUGUAUUUUUUAAGCCAUGUUUAUUGUGAUGUUUGUUCAGUUAAUC